AUGAAGACGGCGCCGAGGAAGACCACCAACGGCAGGAUCCGCAUCCGCGACUUGCCGCGAAAAUUUCUGCCUUACCUGCAUCCCUCGCUCAGGACAAUUGUUUUGAGGUUUGUCAGAGGGCCGGCUUCCCUGCCGCUGUGUAAUUCACCAUUGCUCCCAAUGUUCCACAUGUCGAAUGGGAAAAAAUGAGAUCACGCAUUGCAUCAUUACAGCGAAAUUACCCGAACUUUUUUUUCUUUCCCAUAAACGAGCAAUUCUUGGAUUUUUAAGCUCUUGAGCUGAAUCAAAAACAAUUUUGAAAUUCGAUUCGUUUUUGAUUUUCAAGGUUUUCAGGGUCUAUUUCUGUUAAGUACGCUUUGCUCUAAUUAAAAGAAUCGUAUUCAUCAAUGGAUAUACUUUUUGUGACAGAACUUUGGAAAUUCCGGCGAAAUUGAUUCAUACAAAUAACUGAAGAAUUUCAAAGAAAUAUAACACGUCAAAAAUGUUUUGCCGAGCAACUUUUGAGCAAACAUAGGAAAAAAUGUCAUUUACUUUGCGUCAAAUUAUCGUAGUUUUUCCAGGACUCGACGCCGUUAUACUGUGAACAGAACACUGACAACGCGAAUCAAAAAUCGAUACUUCAACUAUACGCCGAAGCCACGAGUUUUCCCGUGGUACUGCGAAACUUGCACGCUUUCCUCGCGGUUCUUCUCCAGUAUCAUCUACCACGAGUGCCGCAAAAAGAACGCUUCUCUCCAUGUCCAGGAUUUCACAAAUGGUAUGUUCUGUUUCAAUGGAAUUUCAACUAAACUUCUUCACGAUUCUUUGAGUUUCAUGAAAAGAGAUGAUGGAAAAUUUUUUUUUGAAAAUAGGAGCAUGUUUUAAGUAUGAUCCCUUUAUUAUUUUCUUGAUCUCUUCAAUUCAAAAUGUUUAGGGAAGAUAUUUUGAAAGAUGAAGAAAGAAAAUGAUUUCGAAGUAGUUCAAAAUUUUUGAGUACUGGCAAAAAAAAAAACGACUGCUGUCAAGGUACCUUUUUCAACAUUUUUUUGGAUGAUUUGAAUCUACAUAAUAUAUGCAAUCAAUGAUCAUGAACCCUGCAAUCAGAGUAAGAGAAGCUAAGAUAGAAUGCUCGGUUUUUUUUGGUAACUGUCCCAAAUUCCUUCUCAGAAUGCUUUGAUUUGAAAGCACUUCUCUCUUUUCAGAGCAAAGGAUCGCGCAGUUGGGCCAUCGGAGCAAGGCUAGGGACGCCCUGGCGGUCAUGGAGAGAAUUCCGAAUCCGCAACACGUCGAACUCACCAACCUCACAUACAAAAAGCCGUCAACUCGCAAACAGGCCGUUCUGAAGGUCCCGUCACUAGCGUCAGUUCCUUUUCUCGUUAUCUUUUUUAUGAAGGGAGAUUCAAACAGAAUUUGUAGAGUGAUGGCAGAGUCAAUUCUGCGCAAUAAAUAGAAACUCGGAUGGAAGUGAAUAUAAACUUAUUCUUUAAUUUCUAUAUUUUUCCUCCUAAUAUAAUUUUUUUCAGAGAUUUGUGCACGGCAAAACUGGCUUUUCCCGAACCAAAUGACGGAUUUCCCAUGAAAGAAGUCUUCACCGCAGAAACGACAACUUUCAAGGUGAAUAAUUAAUUUUUACUAGCAUUUGGGGCGGUAUGAAAAAAACCGACUACGGAGUUUCCGACUUUUUUUUUCCUUUAUGUUUCGAUUUAUAAAGUAUCUAUCAACUUUCUUUCCCUUUUCUUUUGUGUUUUAAUCAUGAGGCAACUACCAGUUUCAUAUAGGAAGAUCCAAAACGAAGAGUUUAUCGAGAUACAAAAAAAGGUCGAAAAGGAUUUGUCGGAAGGUUCCCUACCGAUAUAAUAAAUUGAAAAAUUCGCCGUUCGAAAUUUCGCUGGUUUUUAUUUCAUACCACCGCAUUUCGCACUACGUUUUAUUUUAGAGUUAUUCGUCCUUUUUCAGAAUAACUCCGAAUUUCUGGAAAAAAAUUCUUAAUUUUUUUCCUUUUUUUCACAAACCUCACAGCAUCUGAGCAACAAGGAAAAAAACCAGUUUUUCAAUUUAAAAAUGUCAGAAACGUUUUCAUUUUAAUUUUAUGGUAAAAAAAUAAAUAUAAUUUUCAAAUUUUUUUGAAGGACAACGACUGCGGCGAACACGUUCCCACGGGCUACCUGUGCUGCGCCUGCAACUUUCUUUUCGAGAACUUUUCGCGGUACGACGAGCACGUCGCUUUUAGCUCGUGCACAGCUCUUCCAGAACCAAUGCAGAUUGACGUAAGAUUUUCGAAGUGUGUCGAUUAUUUAUUGAGAGGCCGAUCGCGAAAAAAGCUGUCCUCGUUUUAAUCUCUUUGUCUUAAAAAAAGGCUUUUAUUGGAGUGUGCUUUAUGCAGAAGUUCUCAAACAAAAAAAAAGCUUUUUUCUCAGAUGAAAGACGCCUUGGAAAUCGGCGACGUGGAGCAUCGACGGCUCAGACACCGGCCAGUACGGCGAGUCGUCUCUCAUCUGAAGUGCACGUCGUGUGGAGCCGGCGGCUUCGAGUCGCCCGCAUCUCUCUACGACCACGUCAUCAAGUGCGCAGUCGCUUCUUUCCAGUCAAAGAAACUCGCCUCCGCUUGA